AUGGAAAUGCUGCGUCAGCAAAGUUUGGCGAUGCAACAGAACCAACAGAUGUGUGCGGCGAUGCUUCGCUGUAUGGAUUUGGAAGAGAAGCGACGAAAUGAGGCUGAUGAGAAGGCAGCAGAGACUGCUCGGAUUGCAGCUGAGGCUGCAUUGAAGGCCAAGACUGUGGACCCGUUUGUCCCAGCACCUCCUUCGUCUUCCUCUGCAGCACCCACUGUUACCGCGUCUUACACUCAGAGUGUUCCGCAGAACAGGGCAGAGAAGUAUCUGCCUAACUUGCCGGUGAUAGAUCACCAAGGCAUGAGCAAAGGACGCAUGCGAGAAGUGGAGUGUUGGCACAGCUUUCUUGAGACGCUUAGUUCGUGGUUGGCUUUGCAAGACGAGGCCUACGUGAGAGAACUUCAGUUCUGCGUGAAGACCAAGCAUGAGAUUGAUCAGGCGAGUUUGGCGGCAGAUGUUGCUGCUAGGAGCGCGAAGCUCUUCUACUACUUGACUCAGUCCCUUGCCAAGUGGGAGAGAGGCCUGGAGCUUCUCCGGUCUUGCUCGAAGAGACAGGCUCAGAGUGCCACUGGGUACGAGGUGGUUCGGACGAUCAAUGCUCAGUAUAGCAUUGUGUCCAGAAUGGAAGCAGUUGUUGUUCGAGAGCACUGCUUGAAGUUGCACCAAGAGUGCAAGAACAUUCGCCAACCCACCGACGUGAUCAGGCACCUUGAAGAUGAGUUCUCUAGAGCGGAGUCAAAGUUGACCAAUUUCGCAGAGCUGAAGCUGUCUGAAGCAGAUAAGUGCAGUGUUCUUCUGCAGGCCCUUGGGCCUCAGGUCCGUCAGUAUGUUUUGCUCCAUGGGAGCUCUUCUGACUGGAAGGCUCUCACGAAGAGCCUCACGUACUAUGAGGAACAGCUGCGUCUGUGUGAGGAUUGCUGGAAGUGGAAGAGAGAGCAGAAGAGUGGAGAGACGCCGAAAGGCAAAGGAAAGGGCGACAAAGGACCUGGAAAGGGCAAAGACACGCCUAAAGGAAAGGGAGAUCAGCCGAAAGGACCUCCUGACCCCAAGGGCAAGGGCAAAGGAAAAGAUCAGAAGGGAAAGCCUCACAAGAAGAAAAAGCCGAAAGGUAAAGGAAAGCACGGUGCAAUGGACGGAGAGGAGAGCGAGCCCGAGUCUGAAGCCGGAUCGGCCACGAGAAGUCAGUCGGUCAUGGCCCUGCGGCUCGGCUCUUGGACCUUUUCGAGACCUGAUCGAGCGCUGAGCCCACUUGGGGGCCGCGGGGUUUUUGAGAAGAAGUCUGAGAGUAGCGUUUCACCUUCUGAGAAGGGUGAGUGCAACUUUCUUCCUGCCGCGUCGAAGUAUGAGGCUGCUAGGAUCUGUUCUCAGCAUGGUGUGGACCCUAGAGAUCUGUGGCUUGUCGAUUCGGGGGCGACGUGUCACGUCGUCGCUCGUGAGUUCCUUAGCUCCUUUCGUGUCGUGAAGCAGCAUAGCCAGAAGCCUGUCCUGUACAACGCGUCUAGCGAUGAGAUUCCUGUGCAUGGCCUCGUUGACCUCGAGGUACAAUUCGGGAAUCUGAAUUUAGUUCUUGAAGAAGUGGUGGUAGCUGAUGUUGCCUUUAAUGCUUUGAGUCCUUGGUCGGCCUGCGAGAGAGGUUGGAGCACGCAUUUGUUCAAGAACGGGGCACGGAUGUUUCGAGGGAAGCGGUCUGUGAGACUUUUGGCCGCGAAUCGGGCUUGGUGGGCGGUUUCGGGGCAACGUCUGAAAGCCCAGAAGCCCAAGAAGGCUGCGGAAGACAUGGAACUCGAUAGGGAAGCAAAGGAAGAGAAAGAAGAGGCAGGAACCUUAGCAUCUGGAGCGCCUUUGGAGGCACCGCCGG